AUGCCCAACGCCUCUUCCUGGAGUGCUAGCUCGCCUCUGCUGCUGCUCUGGCAGGACUCCUCUGGGACCCACAUCUUCCUCUCGCUGCUCUAUGCAGUCUUAGCUAUCUCAGGGACAUUAUCCAAUGUGAUGGUCAUCUAUCUAGUCUUCUCCUUCAAGAAGCUGCAGACAACCAGCAAUGCCUUCAUCGUGAACGGCUGCGCGGCGGACCUCAGCGUCUGUGCCCUGUGGAUGCCCCAGGAGGCUGUGCUGGGGCUGCUGCCUCCCAACUCCUCCUCCCUGCGCUCAGUGGAGUAUCGGCUGCUCCGAGGGGGGCUCCUCAGCCUCGGCCUCACCGUCUCCCUGGCCUCUCACCUGCUGGUGGCUUUCAACAGGUACGUGCUCAUCACCAAGCUGCCCAGCGUCUACCAGGCCCUCUACCAGCGGAGACACACGGGCUGCAUGAUCGGGCUGUCCUGGGCCCUGGCCCUGCUCCUGGUCCCGCUGCUGCCCGGGCUCUGGACGCCGGGCUCUGCCCAGCAGCCGCCCCCGCGCCAGACGGACGGCAGCGCUCGCUACACCGCCCUGCUCGUCGCCCUGGCCGUGCUGGGCCAGACCGCGCUGCUGCCGCCCCUCGUGCCGCCCGCCCGGCCCGUGCCCCUGUUGUGCUGCCGCCCGGCCCCGGCAGCUUCCCCUGCUUCUCCCCCCAUUCUCCUGAGGCUCCGGACAGACCCCACGCACCUUUCCCGCUCCCUCUCCCCGCGCUGA